UCGAUGUACUGACAUUCCAAGCUCGCACGUUUUGAGCUGUCUACGUUCAUGCUGAAGCAAAAUGCCACCGGACGUGCAAAUAACGAGCGACAGCGACUUAGAUGUGGUUUUGGAGGAGUUUAAGGCCAGGCAGGCUCGUCGCGAUAGCACCGGUCCCAAAUACAGCUGCAGCAUCAGCGGCUGUGACGCGAGCUUUAAGCGUCUGGACCAAUUGGAUCGCCAUGAAUAUCAUCACACCGGCAUUAAAAAGCAUGCUUGCAGCUACGAGGGCUGUGACAAGAGUUAUUCGAUUGUCACUCAUUUGAAGCGUCAUCUGCGCAGCACACACGAGCGUCCUGCGGCACUGCAGAAAACAAUCAAAUGCAGUCUGCCGGAGUGCAGUAAGAUGUUCACAUCGACCAGCAAUAUGACGCGACACGUUCGCGAAGCACAUGAGUGUCCGCGUGAAUAUGGGUGCACACAUUGCCCGGCCAAGUUCAGGCAGAAGAUGAAACUGCGCCGCCAUGAGAUUACACAGCACACACAGGCGUAUCCGUUUCGCUGCGAGAAGUGCACUCGCGGCUUCUAUCAACAGUGGCAACAGGAAAGCCAUCAACGCAGCUGCAAACUCUACGCCUGCCCUCAAUGCGAACAGCAAUUCGAGAAAUGGACGCUCUACACAAAACAUUGCCGCGAAACGCUGCACGGGCGCGAACGCCACAAGUGCGAGCAAUGCGAGCGCAGCUACGAGAAGCCAAGCGAUCUUAGUGUCCAUAUCGCUGCUAAACAUCCUGCAGAGAACGAAUCGAAUUUUGCAUGCACCGAGCCUGGUUGCGAUCGCAGCUAUUCCUACGAGCGUAAUUUGCGACAGCACGUCUUGUCCGCACACUCGGGCAGGCGCUUUGAGUGCCUGGCCGUUGAUUGUCAGCGCUGUUUCAGCAGCGCCCAGAAUCUCAGCAAGCAUUUGCUGCGCGACCAUACAGCCAAAGAGCGCCUGCCGGCUAAGAAGCAACAAAGCCCAAGUCCAAACCCAAACCCAUCCCCGGCAGUAAAAGUGUCGCGCAAGCGUCGUCGUGAUGCGGGCAAGCCAACGCGCUCUCGCCUAUCCAAGCUAGCUUGCCUGGUGCUCGACAAGAAGGUUGAUAAGGAGGUGCGCCUGCGCAAACCACUGGCGCUAACUAGCGUAUCCCAACAACUGCAAAAGCAACAGGAAAACCAACAGGCACAGAUUGACGAUGAAGAAAUUGAGGAGCUGCUGGCACAAACACUGCAGAAUGACACCGAAGAGGAAAUUGCCGCAUAAUGGGUCACAAAAAUGGGGGCUUAUACAAAUGUCUUCUAACCUUAAUAAAAACAUAGUAAAUUAACUAUUGUACAAAUA